CAUUAUUUUAGACACAAGCGGGAACCUUAGAAGUACCGCUGACCAUGAUAGCUUACUUACACGAUAGAAUCUAAAUCUCUAACGGGAUUCGAACUCGAAGGUGGGUGACGUAAAAGUAAAUAAAAGUCGAAGACCUCAGCCACUUUUCCACAGAGGCCCGUUCCUAAAUGGUGUAAAAAUGCUUAACCCAUUCGAUAUCAAUAUCAUGUUUGAUUUAACAUGUUUAUAUUUGUUCAUCGAAAUAGGUGCGUUCUGAAAUCCGUAAUUGCUGGGCGCAUUGUAACUUUUCUGAAUGGGAUUUCCUUAAGUUCCAAGACUCGUUUCGGCUGAUGCAUCAGUUUAUUAGAAAUUUGCGACUUUCGACCAGUGAAGAAACAUUUGCACUUGGAGAACUUACUAAGUGGCAGACAUAUGGAAUACAGUUUUUGCACGGCACAACACUCGGUAUGGAAAUUGUAAAAGAGCUUAAAAAAGAAUUAAGAACAAUCAGUAAACAUGUAUUAGCUGUUGCCCAACAUAACGACGAAGCUUUCGAAAACAUACAAAGGGCUCUAAAUGACACACAAGAUGCUUUUGAAAAGGCAGAUGAAAAGUAUUUGAGCUUACAAAAUCAAGUUGAAACAAACUAUGAACAGCAUAAAAAGGAGACACUUGCAAGUAUAAAAAUUAUGAAAGACGAAAUAGCUGGAAUCGAAUGUCAAAGCAAGCGCUCAGCCACAAGCAUAUCAAAAUAUAGAAAUGAAUUAGAAGAGGUGCAGACAUGUGUUUCAGAAAUAAGAACUGAACAGCGAAGAGAAAAUGCAGAAAUAAAGAGCCAUGUUUCUGAUCUUGAUGCAAAGUUGGGAUAUUGUAAUACUGAAAUAAACGACGUUAAACAAAGUAUGCAGGAUAUAUAUGACAAUGUUUCGAGCAGCAAAAAGAAAUUGAGGCUAUUAAAGUUCAUUUGUCAAAUGAUAGGCCUCGGUGCAUGGAGACAUAACUCAAAUGGUCAAACCAUAAUCACUUCAAGAAGGGAGGCCACUAAUGCUGAGGAGGAGUUUUAUGUCCAAGCCGACGACUGCAUAACGUUGGAUGUAUUGACAGAAAAGGAAAGUUUACAUUUCAUUAUAACUCGCACGGGUCUUCAAAUUAACAAUGAUGAAAAUGCAAUAUGUUUAGUACAUGAACUCGGUGGAUUACCUUUAGCACUUGAACAAGCAGCGGCUCAUAUCAAAGCAUUGGCAUGUACUUACAAAGAGUACUUCAAUAAAUUUAAAGAACAAAGAUUGAAAUUGCUUAAAGCAAUCAGACCACCUUUUGAAUUGUCAAAGGAAAGACAAGCGGUGCAAACAACAUGGCAACUGAACUUUGAUUACAUUUUGAAACAGUCAGAGCAUGAAGGAUUGGGAAAUACUGCAGUCACCAUCGUUGAAAUAUUAGCAUAUUUAUAUGCAGAAGAUAUACCUUUUUGUGUCAUUAAUACAGGAACACCUAAAAUAUGCGAUGAAAAUUUAUCACAG